AGACAAAAAAAACUUAGACUUAGAGCAAGAUGCUGAUUAUCGUGAACUCUCUUUUGCUUAUGAAAACAAUUAUUCCGAAAUAAAGAAUUUACCGGAGAGUGAAACUUUAGCCGAAGAGAUUGCUUAUGAAUAUCUUUUACUAGUGGCGAAAAGUUUACUCAGAAGCCCAGCCCAAACUCAGUCUAGUUUACCUUCUCCUACUCUGGAGCCAAUUAUUCUGGAAGAACCGCAACCGCUGAUUAGUUUUCCCGCUGGUCAAUUACCCAAAAAAAACACUCCCCAAGGAAUCGAUAAGUUCGGCAACACCAUUUUACCCCCAGAAACUCCCAUUCUCUCCCGCCAGCAAAGAAGGAAUGGACAACUGGAACAUUUUGAUGGCAAAUUUAUUUCUCCUCGCAAAGAUAAGAUCGAAGAUAUUUUGGAUGUUCGCUUAGGAGAAAUGGUGUUAACAUUAGAUGAAGAAAUUAAAUCCCUAAAGAAUGAAAUGGAAUUAGCUCGCCAGGAUAAAGACUCAUUUUUAGAACUAAGAUUACAAGAAUUACAAAAGAAAAUAAACACUUUACUUUUAAGUGGUGGAGCAGGAUUUUUAGUCGGUGGGGCUUUGGAUGAAGCUGAUAAAGAAACAAGAAAGGAAGCCAGAAAAGAUAAAUUAGCCGAGGCUCAAACUGAAAGUCAAAUUGCGGCUUUGGAAGCAGCCAAACGCGAAAGAGAAAAAAAACAAGAAGAACUUGACAGAGGGAAAGGAAAUGAAAAAAAGUUAGAGGAAUUAUUAGAAAACAUUGAGCAGAAACUACAAAAUCCUGACUUAAGAGCAGAUCAUGAAACUGAAGAAUAUCUUAACAAUCAGAAAAACUUCUAUACUACUCAACUUAAUGAUCAAAAGAAACUCAAUAAAAAAUUGCGAGAUGCACUAGAAGCUUCAGAAAAAGACAAAUAUUUUGAGACUGCUAAGAAAAGAGUAGAAAAUUUAGAAAAAAGCACUGAUUCUGACAGUUUAAAGGAGCCAAAUGGAAGCAAUCUUAGCAGUUAUUUCGAUGAGUUUGAACCAUUUCAAAAGAAACUAAUAGACAUAAGGAUAAAGUUUGGGCAAAAUGAGGAAAAUAGAUCUCAAAAAGAAGAAAUCAAACAAUCACAAGAGGAAGAACUUAGAAGUUGCCAAGAGAAAGUAAUUGAAUUAAACGAAAAAGAGAUUAGUGAAUUGAGUUUUGAAGAUUAUUUAACUGUUAAAAAUUUAAAGCAAAAAGUAGCAAGUUUAUUAAUAGAUAAAAACAAAGUAGAAGAGCCUUUUUUUAAAUUAAGAGUUGAAGAACUAAAGAAUUCAUUAGAAGGUUUGGAAAAUGAUUAUCAGAAUUUGUCAAAAGAACAAGUCACUGAUUUUCCAUGUGAAGAAUAA